AACACAGCCUCCAUCGCACUGUUUCUGACACGCCUGGCAUUGACGGGCUCUGAUGUACGGCUUCAUGCGAAGCUGCGACUCCAGAGACAGAGAGCACGCUCCUUGCGGGCUCGCCGUUCUGAGCAUGUAUGCACGCGAGGUGGUUGAGAGCCAGAAUGGCGAGUCGAGGGGAUGGAGUUGUUCAUCCUAUUCGACGUCGUGCUGCAAAGCAAAAAAGUUGUGAGGAACGCGAAACACGUUGGCAGCCACUGAAAACGCGAAGCACCCCUCCCAAAUGCACAUUGGACAAACACCAUCAGCGUGCACGGCAGCACGAUACUGGGAGCAGAACUCAUUGGGCACUGCCGAACGUAUCAAACUGCAUGCUUCUUUUCUUCCGAAAGCGUCGCCAUCCCACCAUCCCCGUUCUGUGCUUGGUCCGCCAGCAUGAAUUGCCCCUCUGUUCUUUGAUCAUCGCGCAUGACCUCAGAGGAUCCCGCCGGCCUGGGCUAUCGAUAGUGAUCCAAUCUUUCAGCCCUCCAGGUGCAUUCAGCUUCCAUUUUAGAGAGCCUGCCCCGCCUUGCAUUGCUCUGGAGGCGAUCAGCAGAGUGUGGGGUGGGUAGCACCCAGGUCCAAAAGGUAUGAAACACGAAACAACCAUGAUGCUUACGAUCGGCCACCAGACCGAACGGUGGGCAAGACACGCGUGGUGCUUCGUUUUUCUCCAGAGCCAAGAACCAGGCUGGAUUGGGUUGCCGCGGAUAAUCAUGUAUCACUAAGCCCACACAUAUCUGCAUUUCGUUGGGGGUUUCUGCUGAAAUCUGAUG